CGCACCCGGGGCAAGAUGGCGGGCGGCCGGCGGCCGCGGCCCCGGGUCUGGCGGAGCUCGGGGGUGUCGGGCUGAGGCGGCGCUGGCUGCGGCCCCCCCCGACCCCACCCCGAGCGGAGGGGCCUCGCGCGGAUCCAGGUGUCCGGCCUGCGGACUAGCUCCUCGGAAGCCAGAGGCAGCCCUCAGCGUGCGCAGUGCGAGACCCCUGAUGGUGCCCCGGCGUUGCUGUGACUCCGGCAGCCACUCAGGGUUUGUGCAAGUUUGCAAACAUGUUCACCGUUUCUCAGACCUCGAGAGCAUGGUUCAUCGACAGAGCCCGCCAGGCUCGAGAGGGGAGGCUGGUGCAGAAGGAGCGGGAGCGGGCGGUGGUGGCAAUCCAGGCCCACGUCCGGGGCUUCCUCUGUCGGACUCAGCUGCGGAGAGGAAUCAGGAGAGAGAUUGAUGACUAUUUUGAAGACGAUGACUCUGGGGCCAAUAAAAGAAGUGCGCUUGGUAUUUUUAAGAUUGCCAGGAAACUGCUAUUUGUGUUCAAAUUUGAAACGGAUGAUGAGAGAUUUGAGAAGUUGUGUCGCUGCAUCCUGAGCAGCAUGGACGCUGAGAAUGAGCCGAAAAUGUCGUACGAGUCCCUUGCCCUCUCCAAGGACCUGACCCUCCUGUGGAUUAAACAGAUCAAGGACAUCCUAUGGCAUUGCUGUGAGUUCCUUCAGCAGCUCAAGCCUGAAAUUUUACGCGACUCCAGACUUGUGACGCUGUACCUCACAGUGCUUGUCACCUUCACAGACACUUCCACCUGGAACAUUCUCCGGGGCAAAGGUGAGAGCCUUCGGCCAGCCAUGAACCACAUCUGUGCGAAUAUAAUGGGACACCUCAACCAGCGUGGCUUUUACCCUGUGCUCCAGAUCCUGCUGACCCGUGGCCUGGCUCGAUCCCGGCCUUGCCUGUCCAAAGGCCCGCUGACGGCCGCCUUUUCCCUCGCCUUGCGCCCUGUGGUCGCAGCGCAGUUCUCAGACAAUCUGCUCCGACCGUUUCUCAUCUACAUCAUGUCCGUGCCUGCCCUCGUGACCCACCUCAGCACCGUGACCCCCGAGCGCCUCGGCAUCUUAGAAUCGCAUGACAUGCUCCGUAAAUUCAUUCACUUUUUAAGAGAUGAAAAUCGAUGCUGUGACGUGUGUGAAAGUUUGGAAGGAUGCCAUACCCUUUGCCUGAUGGGCAACCUCCUGCACCUGGGCUCCCUCAGCCCCCGAGUGCUGGAGGAGGAGGCGGAUGGGUUUGUGAGUCUGCUCACCCAGAUGCUGUGCUACUGCCAGCGGUACGUGUCCCAGAAGAAGUCCAACCUAACCCACUGGCACCCCGUCCUCGGCUGGUUCUCCCAAUCUGUAGACUACGGCCUCAAUGAGUCUAUGCCCUUGAUCACCAAACAGCUGCAGUUCCUGUGGGGGGUGCCCCUGAUCCGGACCCUCUUCUGUGACAUCCUGAGCAAGAAGCUGCAGGAGAGCCAGGAGCCAGCGCCGGUGCCGCCCGCGUCCCCCCAGAACGUGCUUCCUGUGAAGAGUCUCCUGAAACGCGCCUUCCAGAGGUCCGCCUCGGUCCGCCACAUCCUCAGGCCUGUCGGGGGCCGGCGCGUGGACUCGGCGGAGGUGCAGAAGGUGUGCAGCACCUGCGUCCUCUACCAGACCUCCCUCACCACGCUGACGCAGAUCCGGCUGCAGAUCCUCACAGGCCUCACGUACCUUGACGACCUGCUGCCCAAGCUCUGGGCCUUUAUCUGCGAGCUGGGGCCCCACGGGGGCCUGAAGCUCUUCCUGGAAUGCCUCAACAGCGACUCCGAGGAGUCCAAGCGGCUCCUGGCCAUGCUGAUGCUGUUCUCCGACUGCUCCCGGCACCUCAUCACGAUCCUCGAUGACAUUGAGGUCUACGAAGAACAGAUUUCAUUCAAGCUGGAAGAGCUGGUCACCAUCUCCUCUUUCCUGAAUUCCUUUGUGUUUAAGAUGAUCUGGGAUGGCAUUGUAGAGAACGCCAAGGGCGAGACCCUGGAGCUGUUCCAGUCUGUGCACGGGUGGCUCAUGGUGCUCUACGAGCGCGACUGCCGGCGGCGCUUCGCCCCCGAGGACCACUGGCUGCGGAAGGACCUCAAGCCCAGCGUGCUUUUCCAAGAGCUGGACAAGGGCCGGAAGCGGGCACAGCUCGUCCUGCAGUACAUCCCUCACGUCAUCCCCCACAAAAACCGGGUGCUGCUGUUCCGGAACAUGGUCAUCAAGGAGAAGGAGAAGCUGGGGCUGGUGGAGACCAGCUCCGCCUCCCCUCACGUCACGCACAUCACCAUCCGCCGCUCCCGCAUGCUGGAGGACGGCUACGAGCAGCUCCGGCAACUCUCCCACCACGCCAUGAAGGGGGUGAUCCGGGUGAAGUUUGUCAAUGACCUCGGGGUGGACGAGGCCGGCAUCGACCAGGACGGCGUCUUCAAGGAGUUCCUGGAGGAGAUCAUCAGGAGGGUGUUCGACCCGGCGCUCAAUCUGUUCAAGACCACCAGCGGGGACGAGCGACUCUACCCCUCGCCCACGUCCUACAUCCAUGAGAAUUACCUGCAGCUCUUCGAGUUCGUGGGCAAGAUGCUGGGCAAGGCUGUGUACGAGGGCAUCGUGGUGGACGUGCCCUUCGCCUCCUUCUUCCUGAGCCAGCUGCUCGGGCACCACCACAGCAUCUUCUACAGCUCCGUGGACGAGCUUCCUUCUCUGGACUCGGAGUUCUAUAAGAACCUCACUUCCAUCAAGCGCUACGAUGGGGACAUCGCUGACCUGGGGCUGACUCUGUCCUACGACGAGGACGUCAUGGGUCAGCUUGUUUGCCACGAACUGAUUCCUGGAGGGAAGACCAUUCCUGUUACAAAUGAAAAUAAAAUCAGCUACAUCCACCUGAUGGCACAUUUCCGGAUGCACACUCAGAUCAAAAACCAGACGGCUGCCCUCAUCAGCGGGUUCCGAUCAAUCAUCAGACCCGAGUGGAUCCGGAUGUUCUCGACCCCUGAGCUGCAGCGUCUCAUCUCGGGUGACAAUGCUGAGAUUGACCUGGAAGAUUUAAAGAAGCACACGGUGUACUACGGCGGCUUCCACGGAAGCCACAGGGUCAUCAUCUGGCUCUGGGAUAUCCUGGCGUCCGACUUCACGCCCGAGGAGAGGGCCAUGUUCCUGAAGUUUGUCACCAGCUGCUCCCGGCCCCCGCUCCUGGGAUUCGCCUACCUCAAGCCUCCUUUCUCCAUCCGCUGUGUGGAAGUCUCCGACGACCAGGACACCGGGGACACGCUGGGCAGCGUCCUCCGCGGCUUCUUCACCAUCCGCCGGCGGGAGCCCGGCGGCCGGCUGCCCACCUCCUCCACCUGCUUCAACCUGCUCAAGCUGCCCAACUACAGCAGGAAGAGCGUCCUGCGGGAGAAGCUGCGCUACGCCGUCAGCAUGAACACGGGCUUCGAGCUCUCCUAGCGCGGCCGGCCCUGCCCGCCGCCCCGCACUCCGGACCUCCAGCUCCCCGGGCGCGCGGCGGGCAGGCCCGGCGCCUCGGCCCCAGCCCCUCUCGAUAGCCAUGAGCCCUCCCUACCCCCCCGUGACCCCCCCCCGGCAGCUCUCCGGCACCCCCAGGCCGCACAGGAAAUAAACCUCCGGGUCGUGCCAGCUGCUGCCCCGAGCGCCGGGCCCGUGACGGCACAAGACUUGGUCUCUCUGGCCGGCCGGUCUCUGGCGGGGGUCCGCCCUUCCCGACCCGCGGAGCCGGCUGUGCCGCCCGCAGCAGCCACGCCCAGCACGGCGCGCGCCACGUGGGAGGCGCGCCCCUCCCGUUUCCAAACACUAUUCUCAGGUAAGGCCUUGCCACGCCGCUAUGCACCCAGCCCAGUCUCGGCCUCCGUCCACGGCCAGGCCCGCUGCACCCCCAGCAGCCAGGUGCCCCCCGGGAGGCCUCGGAGCACAGACGUCCCCUCUCCAAGCCACUCACCCCCCGUCGGCGUCCCCCCCGCCCACACACACACCCUCGGUCAUUGUCCUUCCUGCUUGCCUCAGAGGCCGCCUCUCGGUGGGCCCACUGGCCUCUGGCCCUCCCAGGGUCAUGGCGGCUCGGGGGUGACCCUGUUGGCCUUCCCAGCAGGGGGCGACCACCCUCCCAGCUCACUGGCCCAUUUAUCAGUAAGGAACACACACCGACCUUAGGUCCCGGCCCACCAGGCGCCAGCGCUCCUCCCUAGACCAGACAAUCUCUAGACAGUCGGUGCUCGCCGCCCAGAGCCCCCCGCACUGAAGGAGGCCGCGGCGGCUCCUGUGCCUGUGUUUGCACUCGAUGUCGGACCUGCGGCCCUUAGCCACCCCCUCUUUCGGGAGAGCCCAGGGGCAGGGGCCGAGGACAGCCCCGCAGUGCUCUGGCCGCCCUCGCCCACCGCCUCCCACUCGCACAUCCCCCCACCCGGUGAGGCUGGAGACAGCCAGCGGCACCUGCCCUGCCCCCCGCCCCUCCCCAGGGCUGCCAGGGCCCGAGGCUCCUCCAGGCUGCAGGACACCAGCCCUCACGGGCCAGGCCUGCGUGCAAGGUUGGUGCCCCGGCGGGGGUGUGCCCGGGGCUGGGCUGCUGCAGAGCAGAGUGUCUGUCUGUCUGUCUGUCUGUGACGGGAGGGUGGCCAGGAGCCUGAAGGCAGGGAUGUAUCCUUAACUGCUGGAGCGGUGAGAGUAGGCCGGUUCUGUAGGCUCCCCGCUCCUUGCAAACCUCCGUUCCUCAAAGAUCUCUGAAGGCAUCAGUGGGGACUGAGCAGGUCUGUCUCCCUCGGGGGUGAGUAGCCGUCAGCCUGCCGCCCCACCCCCCCGGUCUGCUCCCCGUGAGCCGGCCAGCGUGGGCAGGAGCUGGCUUGCCAGCACUGUGGUCAGCCGGUGCGCGGGGUUUCCUGCGAGGGCGGCAGUCUGCAGCGUCCCGGAAAUAUUGCACUAUCUAAAACACUGAAUCUGUACUUUUAUAGCUGGUGUUCACGAACACCUCGAUGGCUCUUGAAGGCUCUGAAAAGUGGGGUUUUACUGUUUUUCUUAUGGCUUGAACGAUGACCAGAGGCUUUAUUAAAUUUGUACUUCGGCACCGGG